CUGGACACAAAAUUUUUCUACCUAGGAAGGAAAAAAUGGUUUUGAAGUUUAUUAAGGAAAUAAUUUUCCUCUUCAUGAUUAUGGUUGGUUUUCUGGGGAAUAUUUCAGUUUCUAUGAAUUGUAUGUUCAGUUGGUGGGGAGGCCCUGGGAAGAAACCCAUACACCUUAUUCUCAUCCACUUGGCCUUUGCAAACAUUAUAAUCCUUUUUGCAAAAGGAUUGCCAAAGACAAUGGCAGCUUUGGGUUUGCGAAACUUCCUAGAUGACAGAGGCUGUAAGAUCAUCAUUUACCUAGAUAGGGUGGCCCGUGGAGUCUCCAUCUGCACCAGCAGUCUCCUCACUGUGGUCCAGGCCAUCAUCAUCAGUCCCAGAGCAUCUGGGUGGAGGAGGUUCAAACCAAAGUCUGCAUGGCACAUCCUUCCAAUCUUUUCACUCUUUUGGAUGCUCAGUGCUUUAGUAAGUAUGAACUUAAUCCAUUCCAUCACAAGUAGAAGCCUGAAUACAUCACAGCUUAAGAGUGAAGACAACUAUUGUUAUUUUAUGCAAGAAAGUCAGAAAACAAAGUGGAUUGUUCUCCCUCUCAUGGUCCUGAGAGAUGCAGUGUUUCAGGGUGCCAUGGGAGGGGCCAGUGGCUACAUGGUCCUUCUUCUCCACAAGCAUCACCAGCAUGUCCUCUACCUUCAGAACUCCAAGCUUCUCUACAGAACUCCCCCUGAGCUGAGAGCUGCUCAGAGUGUCCUCCUGCUGAUGCUCUGUUUUCUUUUCUUCUAUUGGACAGAUUGUGCUUUCUCUCUAUUUUUAAGUUUCUCUUUCGGAUACAAAUCCUUGAUGAUAAAUAUUCAAGAAUUUAUGACCCUUGGUUAUGCAACUUUUAGUCCCCUUGUGUUGAUUCACAGGGAUGGACUUUGGCUGAGUGUUGGCAUGCUCAAUGAGAGAAAUUGUGAAAACUAUCUCUCUCAUUUUUCUGUUCAAUGA